CAUAAUAUAUUUCUGUUAAAGAAACCACUUUUAGAGACUCGGUCAUUUGUGAAGGAGACAACAAGAGAGACAGAAGCACAAUGGUUCCACUCAGAUGGAUUAAAAUGUCUUUAUCCCUGAUUCUGAUGCUUCAGUUUACAGUUUUCUCACCAGCAGCAGCUGAACAACAUUCAUCCUCCUUCACUGUCAGAGUUGGUGAUGAAGUCACUUUGUCUUGUGGAAAUGUGAUACAUGAUCAGAGUAACUGUGAAAGUACGACCUGGAUGCUCAGUAAAAACAACAAAGCAGUAACGCUGUUUGAACAAGGACAAAUUCACAGAGGAGCAGCAACUAAAUCAGACAGACUGAGUGUUACAGCGAACUGUUCUCUGGUUAUAAAGAAGGUCACAGACGAGGAUGUUGGUCUUUACUCCUGCAGACAGUUUGUAUCAGAACAAAAACAAGGACCAGACUUUCAUGUUGAUCUGUUUGUUAUUACCAGUGAGGAGUCAACAGAAAAACCUUCUAUACCUAAAUUAUCAACAGGACAAACUAAAGAGACAUCAGUGGACAGACAAACACCUGCAAACAACAACAAUCCAUCACAACAAGCAGGUUCAUCGUGGUUGUUUAUUAUUGUUUCUGUGAGUUCAGCAGCUCUCUUAAUCACUGCUGUGGUGAUCAUCAUCAUAUGGAAGAAAACUAAAGGAAAUAAAAAGGAGAAAGAAAAUACUGAACUGAGCUUAAACCCUCCAGUGACUCAAUCUGGUCCAGAAGCCAGUCAGGAAACAGCUGAUCCUGAGGAUGGUGUUUCCUACGCCUCCAUCAGCUUCACCAGUAAGACCAGACAAAGAGAACAGGUUUCUGACACUGUGACCUACAGCACUGUGAAAGCUUCCUCCUCAUCUACUGGAGUUUCUAUUGAUCCAAACAGCCUCUACUCCACCGUCAACAAACCACAGAAAUAAGAAGUUUUUCAUUGAAUUUAACAUUUUGUUUUUAUGAAUGUUUUCUUGAAUUGUGGAUUUGGGAUAUUAAAGUAUCUGCAUGCCAACUAAUAAAGAAUAUUAUAACAGAGCAGUCAUAGAGGAUAUACUAUAUCAUGGGCAAAAAAAGAUUUAAGGAGGAUCAUCUGUUUUCAUUACUUUCAAUUCAUUCUUGUUCAAAGCUCUAAAUGUACAAAGCUUUAGACAUAAAUAAACAAAGGAAAUCUUUCAAAAGAAUCAAGAUUUUAGUCUUUUUGACUUUAAACACAAAUUAAAUUAUUCAG